CGAGAUGGCUGUGUCCACGUAAAGCCUGGUAUUGGGGGCAGUAAACAAAGUGCUAAAGAAAGUGGCGCAAUUAAGUUGUGUACCUGUGAGGCUGAAGAUUUAGAACAUAAUAAAGGUGAAGCACUGAAGUACAAACUAGGUUCAAUAGUCUCAAUUCUUCUUACUGGUGCUGUUGGUGUUAGCCUCCCUUUCUUGGGCAAGAAAAUAAAAGCCUUAAGCCCUGAAAAUGAUAUUUUCUUCAUGAUCAAGGCAUUUGCAGCUGGUGUUAUCCUAGCAACCGGAUUCAUUCACAUACUCCCGGAUGCAUUUGAUAGCUUAACAUCACCAUGCCUUGGCCAAAGUCCAUGGGGGAACUUUCCAUUCGCAGGUUUUGUUGCCAUGAUGACUGCAAUAGGGACAUUGAUGAUGGAUUCUUUCGCCACAGGGUUUUAUAAGAGGAUGCAUUUUAAAAAGAGCAAACCGGUAGACACCACGGAUGAAGAGAUAGCUGAAGAACAUGACGGUCAUGUACAUGUUCAUACACAUGCUACACAUGGUCAUGCCCAUGGCUCUGCCUCCCCAAUGGAAGAUUUGGCUCUGUCUGAAUUGAUUCGUCGGAGAAUCAUAUCACAGGUAUUGGAGUUGGGGAUUGUAGUUCAUUCAGUAAUUAUUGGAAUAUCUCUAGGUGCUUCUGAGAGUCCAGAAACAAUAAAGCCCCUCAUGGCAGCCUUGUCUUUCCACCAGUUUUUUGAAGGCAUGGGACUCGGUGGCUGCAUCACACAGGCACAAUUCAAAUCUACAUCUAUGGCGAUAAUGGCAACGUUUUUCUCCUUAACAACCCCAGUGGGGAUUGCCAUUGGUAUUGGAAUUUCAAACAUUUACGAUGAGAAUAGCCCAACUGCUCUAAUAGUUGAGGGCAUUUUCAAUGCAGCCUCAGCGGGGAUUUUAAUAUACAUGGCUCUUGUUGAUCUCUUAGCAGCAGAUUUCAUGAGUCCAAGGAUGCAAAGCAAUCUCAGGAUUCAAUUAGGAGCAAAUGUUUCACUUCUGCUAGGGGCUGGUUGUAUGUCUUUCUUAGCCAAAUGGACUUGA